AUGGAGCGCCAGAAGAAAAAUGUCUUUCCCGUUAGCAAGUCCCUCGAUUCAGCCCUGAAAAAGAAUACGGCUUUUAUCAAACGUCUCCGUACUGGAAUCAGUCCUUCCUCUCUAUCUACCUUUCUUUCCGAUAUACGCACUCUAUCCCUCCACAAAUAUCUAUCCGAGAUCAUCACCGCCUGCUAUGAAGGUUUGACCAAGCUUAAGUCGCCUGGGGAAAUCGCUGUUGGCGUCGAAAUAGUAUGCGCACUACAUCAACGUUUCGGUUCCGCCGAGUUUACAAGGCAAAUUGGCUGGUUACUCGGUCGUGGGCUAAGUUCACCUGAUAAGGCCUCUCUCAAGGCUCUUCCGCAGGAGUACCGCGAACGAGAGGAAAAAGAGCGUCUAUCACGACACCGAGUUCUUCUACGUGUUGUUACGGAAUUAUGGCUCGUUUCUGUUCUCAAGACACUGGAUGAUGUUGAGAGGCCCGAAGAUCUUGGCACAAAGGGUAAAGAUGGUGUGGUGGGAAUCGGAGGAGGCAAGCAGGCGGAUACCCCGCUGAAAUCAAAGGUGCCAGCCGCGGCAAAGGAUAAUGAUAAGGCAGAACCAUUCCCGCUGGAAGUUCUGAAGGAGCUUCUGGGCUAUGAUCGCGACCAUACAAAUUUGCCGCUUGCUGUCCUUUUCGUGAAGAGUUUCAGCUGGGAUAUUCUGGGAACGAGGCUUGCGGAUGAAGGGCGGAAGAAUGUUGAGGCGGAUGGCGCUACCACGACUACUACCGGUACCGGCUUAAAGCAGGAGAGUACGGAGGGUAGUGAUGACCUUGCUGCUGAUGCUGAUCCGCCACUUAUUUCGGAGACGGUUCAGCAACGGUUUAAGAAUAUUUUGAAUCGUUAUCUGGAUGACGUCAAGGCGCAUGUUAUCCGUGAUCAGAAGGCUUUGGCUUCACAGAGCCGCCGAAAUGCCGAAGCGUAUGUUAAGAGCGGUGAAAUUUUCGAAGACCGUCAAUCCAACUUUGAGAAGCAGUCGAAGUCUCUUGAGAAGCUCGUUGCCAAUACGCAGGUGUUGUGUGAGGCCCUUGGGGCUGAGAUGCCUGAUCUGGUUGAGAAGGAGACGAACGAUUCUGCUAAUAGUGGCGGCAUUGGCCUUGUGAAGACCACGGAUUAUUUGCGUGGACAAGGCGAAGGCGCUGGUAUCUGGGAAGAUGAGGAGGAGAGACGCUUUUACGAGAAUUUGGUUGACCUUAAAGGAAAGGUACCGGCAGUCUUGCUUGAGGAUGGGAAGAAAAAGAAGAGCGAGACUGAGGAGGCUGGCAAGAAAAAGGAUGGUGAAAAUGCAGCUGAACCAAGUGCAGAGAAGUCAGACGCUUCUGAGGAUAAAUCUGCCGCAGAGCUUGAAGACCAGUCAACCGCCAUCGCCAGCAAGACAGUCGGAGCACAAGUUGAUUCUCUUCUUAACAAGCUUCCAGAACUGCAGACAAAGGAUCAGGUGGAUCAGUUCGCACUGGACUUUUGUUUCGUCAAUUCAAAGGCUUCCCGGAAUCGACUUGUCAAGGCCGUUUCCGACAUCCCCAAGGGCCGGGUUGACCUGCUGCCCCUGUACUCUCGCUUGGUUGCUACGCUGGGCCAAUACUUGCCAGACAUCCCCCAGGGACUGACAACUUAUCUCGACGAGGAGUUCCGAAGCCUACAGCGCCGAAAGUCUAAAGAGUUCCUGGGCCAAGUACGCAUGGGUAAUGUGCGGUACCUUGCUGAACUAACCAAGUUUGGUGUGGUACCAGAACAUAUCAUCUUCCACUGCUUCAAGGUUUCGCUUGAUGACUUCUCUCGAAUGAAUAUAGAGAUCAUUGGCAACCUUCUAGAGAACUGCGGUCGAUACCUACUGCGCAACCCAGAUACAGCUCCUCGGAUGGCCUCGUUCUUGGAGACAUUAAGCCGAAAGAAGACUGUUCAGCAUUUGGCUCAAAACGAACGCAUGGUGAUCGAGAAUGCCAUCUAUUAUGUCGAUCCACCACCGCGACCUGCCAUCCAGCAAAAGGAGCGCACGCCAAUGGAGCAAUAUAUACGUCGACUUAUUUAUCUGGAUAUGAAUAAGCGCAACUACACCAGAAUUCUUAAGACUAUCCGCAAACUCCACUGGGAAGAAAAGGAGGUGGUUGAUAUUUUGGAGCGCAUCUUUAGCAAGCCCGUCAAGGUGAAAUAUGGAAGUAUUCACCUUUUGGCAAUUCUUGCUAGCGCUCUAUACCGAUAUCAUCAAGACUUUGUUAUUGGUGUGGUCGAUAACGUCCUGGAGCAUAUCACUCUGGGCCUGGAACAGAAUGACUUCAAAUUUAAUCAGAAGCGCAUUGCUGAAGUCAAGUACCUAGGCGAGCUUUACAACUACAAGAUGGUCGACUCGCCUGUCGUUUUUGACAUGUUAUACCGUAUUAUCACCUUUGGUCAUGAAGGUGGCACUCCGGUCCCUGGCCGACUUGCUUCACUGGAUAUGCCUGAUGAUUACUUCCGACUUCGGCUUGCUUGCACUCUACUUGAUACCUGCGGUCACUGCUUCGAUCGGGGAUCUGCCAAGAAGAAGCUUGAUUUCUUCCUGACAUUCUUCCAGUACUAUCUUUUCACCAAGGACCCCAUGCCCAUGGACGUGGACUUCCUCAUCCAGGAUACAUACUCGGCAUUGCGCCCUCAAUGGAAGCUGGCUCCCGAUGCCGAAGAAGCGACCCGUAUAUUUAGUGAGGCUGUUGCUCAAAAUUACAACACGCCAGAGUCUGAGAGACCAGUUGAGGUCGAUGAAGAUGAAGCAGAUAGCAGCUCCUCUGAGAUGGGACUAGAAGAAGAUGCCAUUCCUGAAAUUGAUGACGAACAGGAGUCUAGCGAUGAAGCUGAGGCAUCGGGUCCCAACGCGGAGAUGAACGAUGAGUCCGAUUUCGAGGACGAGCAGAUUGUUGUUACGCGACAGGAAGAGGAACGCGAUCCAGAAGUGGAGGCUGACUUUGAUCGAGAAUUCGAGAAGAUGAUGGCCGAAAGCAUGGAUUCGCGACGCUUCGAGCGCAAGGCCAUUUUUGACAUUCCCCUUCCUAUGAAGCGACCUGCUCGAGACAUCGCCAAUGAACACUCAUCCGACUUCGCCGAGUCGGUGCCAGAAGAGCCUGUGGCACCGAAAACCAUGGCUUUCUCCCUAAUGACGAAGAAGGGAAACAAACAACAGACCCGCACCAUCGACAUGCCUUCGGACUCUAGCUUUGCUGUCGCUAUGCGAAGUCAGCAACAAGCAGACCGCGAGGAACAGCAGCGUAUCAAGAACCUUGUUCUGAACUACGAAGCUGCAAACGAACCGGAGCCCACCGAGACCUUCGAGAAGCGGAUUCCCAUUAGCCAGAGAUUGGAAAAACCAGGUCCCAACCGGGGCUCGUUCCGAUCUCGAAAACUUCAGCUCAGUGAUGUGAACUGGUAG